AUGAGUCAAGACAGCAAUUACCCGAGGUUCUCAGCACGGCCAGUUGGCAAACAAAUCCAUAGCAUCUACCGAGAUCGUCUGGAGACGUUCAUCCAGCCCGGUCAAUAUGAGACGCAAAAUCUUCUCUCAUCGCUGUACAAGGCACGGUUUAUUGGCGAGCCGACCAUAGAACUAUCUGUGUGGUCCGCCCCAAACCUCUCACGGCCUACUUUCAAGGAAGCCAUAUCGCAACAGUUCCAACCCACCGAGAGAGGCCGAUCCUUCGGGCCUGGGUGGUCGACUCACUGGUUCAAGGUACAACUGCGAGUGCCUCAUGAGAUGUUGAAUGAAGAGAUCAUAGAGUUACACUGGGAGGCCAGUAACGAAGGUAUGAUCUGGACGGAAGACGGGCACCCGCUGCAGGGCCUCAGUGGAGACGGAGAGCGGGUAGAAUGGAUUAUUCCCCCUCGCUUCAAAGACGGCAAAGAACACACAUUCUACUUAGAAAUGGCAUGCAACGGGAUGUUUGGCCUUGGGAAAGGCGCAAGAAACCAGCCUCCAGACCCUGACCGCUAUUUCACUCUGGAGAAAGCUGAGAUCGUGGCCGUCAACAAAGAGGCACGAGCAUUGUAUUUUGACUAUUCUGUCAUUAGCGACGCGGCGCGCCAAUUUCCUGAACACUCAUGGGAGGCCCACAAGGCGCUACAGGUUGCCAACGCCAUCAUUGAUGUGUUUACGGCUGGCAAAGGGAGCGACGCUGCCAUUCGCGAGGCCAGGGAGAUAAGCCAUGAGUACCUAGGAGACAAGGCUAAUCGGGCAGAGGUUUAUGAUUCCAAUUCCAAGCCAAUUGUCUAUGCUAUUGGGCACUGCCAUAUUGACACUUGUUGGUUAUGGCCAUGGGAAGAGACGAAACGAAAGGUGGCACGGUCCUGGUCCAAUCAGUGUGAUCUUAUGGAUCGCUACCCAGAACACCGUUUUACUGCAUCUUCCGCCCAGCAAUUUAAAUGGCUCAAGCAGUAUUACCCUUCAGUGUAUGCGAGAGUCAUGGAAAAAGUCAAGCAAGGAGCUUUCCAGCCUAUCGGUGGCAGUUGGGUAGAGCAUGAUACCAACAUGCCCAGUGGAGAAUCUUUGAUUCGCCAAUUUCUUUAUGGCCAGCGAUUUUUUCAGCGAGAAUUCGGGAAGCGAUCUCAAACAUUCUGGCUCCCAGACACCUUCGGCUAUACCAGUCAGCUUCCGCAGUUGUGUCGCCUAGCCGGGAUGCAUCGUUUUGUGACCCAGAAACUCAGCUGGAACAACAUUAACAAUUUCCCGCACACAACUUUCAACUGGGUCGCUCUUGACGGAAGUCAAGUACUAUGCCAUAUGCCCCCUUCAGAAACCUACAACGCGGAUGCUCAGUUCAGUGAACUUGUCAACAGCAUUGAUCAGCAUAAGUCGUUGGAUCAAGACGCCUCAUCUCUGUUGAUCUUCGGGAAAGGCGACGGUGGAGGCGGUCCGACAUUCCAGCAAAUUGAAGCUCUGCGUCGGUUCCGUGGCUUGAGCGACAAAGUCGGACUCCUGCCUCGAGUUCACCAGGGCAAGUCAGUGGACGAGUUCUUCGAGGCAUUAGAAAACAAAGCGGCGAGUGGCACUGAGUUCGUUACCUGGUACGGAGAACUCUACUUUGAGUUGCACAGAGGAACCUAUACUACACAGGCAAAAACCAAAUGGAACAACCGAAAAGCUGAAAUCAUGGUCCACGAUAUUGAAUAUCUCGCGACUCUGGCUAGCAUCAAAAACAGCGGUUACCAGUAUCCGAAAACAGAGAUUGAUGACAUCUGGGAAUGCAUCCUAUUAUGCCAGUUUCACGACUGUUUACCAGGGAGCUGCAUCAGGAUGUGUUACGAUGACUCUGAUAAGCUUUACGCUGAGGCGUUUGCGAGUGGAGAAAGAUUGCUCAAAGAUGCACUCUCAGCACUCGGAUUCUUGCAUGACGCAUCCUCUGAGCAGGGCAGAAUUGCUCUCAACACCCUGCCAUGGUCCCGCAAGGAAUUGGUUCAACUUCCGUCCUCUCAGUAUGCUGUGAUCAAGGGAGGUUUUGGUGCGGCUCCUGUCGAAGAGCUUCCACCAACACCAGUUGGGCCUGCUGUUAGCGUUGAAGAAGUCCGAAAAGGCGUGUUUGAACUAUCGAACGGGCAGUACAAGCUAGAGAUCAAGAAUGGGUCAAUUAUCUCUCUUGUUGAUCUCUCAGAUAACCGCCAGGUUCUCGCCAAUGGCGGCAAGGCUAAUCAAUUCGUUAUUUUUGAUGAUAAGCCUUUGUACCGUCAGGCUUGGGAUGUCGAGGUAUACCAUCUCAACUCCAGAAAGGAGUUGCAGGGUGGAAUUUCGGCCAUCGCUGAGCAGGGCCCGUACAAAGCGAGCAUUGUCACCAAGACGAUCAUCAGCGAAAAGAGCUGGCUGAAAUCGACCAUUAGUCUGCAUGCUCCGAUAGAUGGUGAACCCUCCAGUAUCGAAAUCGAUACCGAGGUCGAAUGGCACGAGGACAUGAAGUUCCUGAAGGUCGAAUUCGACGUUAACGUGACGAACACUGAGGCUUCAUACGAAACUCAAUAUGGAAUUGCCAAAAGACCAACACAUUACAACACACAGUGGGACAUGGCCAAGUUUGAGGUUUGCUGUCACAAGUGGGCAGAUCUCUCCGAAAACGGCUACGGUGUUUCCAUUCUGAACGACAGCAAAUAUGGUUUUGCUACCUGUGGUCAUCUCAUGCGCUUGUCUCUCCUACGCUCUCCUAAGGCCCCAGAUGCUUGCGCUGAUAUGGGUCAUCACCAUAUCAGGUACGCGAUUUUCCCCCAUCAGGGCCCUCUGGACUUUAGAACCGUUCGUGCAGGAUACAACUUCAACAAUCCCAUGAAUUUGCUUCCGGGGCCAGGCUCAGCAUCGUUGAACGACAUCAACCUGACCGGUAACAAAUCAUUGAUACUUGAUGCUAUCAAACGUGGAGAAGAUGACGAAGACGUCUCGUUGGGUGACUUUGAAAGCAGGAAGGGUCAGAGUAUCAUCCUCCGCGUUUUUGAGAGCCUGGGAGGGCAUGCAAGCGGUAUCAUCGAAACCACCCUGCCAGUUACCAAAGUGUGGAAGUGCAAUAUCUUGGAGGAUGACGAGGAGCCACUGGGAAUCCAAGAUGGGAAAGUCAACAUCGCCUUACGUGCGUUUGAAGUUGCCACAUUCAGAUUGCAAUUGUAA